AUGUCAGUCCCGGCUGAGUUCUCAGCGCCCCUGUACGGGCUGGAAAACAGCGGUGAGCCAUGGCACGUCGACUCGUUCGGGAGUGGGCUGGACCAGCAGGAUCCAAUGCAUGGUUUCGAGUGGUUUUCUGUAGACGGCGGGCUCGACACCGCCGUGCCACCUCCAGACUCUACAAGCGCUGGCAAUGGCCAGUCCACUCGGGAGUCGGACACGACUCCGGCGACGUCGGUCGAGGCAGAAGUGUCAAGACCGGGACACCGACUGGCGGAUUUACAAAUGACCCUCGAUGCAAUACUCGCAAAGCUACCCACUCCUGCUGCAUACCACGUCCAAAAGGACGGGCCGCUGUCCGAAUACCUCGCCGACUUUGGCACGAGGUACCUGGAGGACGGCUUCCUGGAAAACAUCUUCACGUCGCUGCAGAGCCUGAUCGACCUGUACCCGGAGGCAACCGCCGCGAUAGCGGCCCCGACCGCCGUGGCCGCCGACGAGGGCCCCGACCCCUGCGAGACGGUCAACUGCCUGCACGAGGUCCCACUGCCCGCGGAGCUGACGGUGCUCGAGGAGCAGCUGGUGGGCCAGCCGGAGCCCGUGGACGGUGCGCUGGGCGGACAGCUCGUCGCGUGCCACGUGCGGCUGCUCGACGUGGUGGACCGGCUCAGCAGGAGCGUCUUCAUGUGCGUGCGGCUCGAGGCCGUGAUGCCUCCCGGUGGCAAGCCAAAGUUUCACCUGCCGGACCUGACGGUCGGCAGCUUCAAGCCGCCCGACCACUCGGCCGCGCUGAUGCAAAAGGUGCUGCUCAAGAACCUGCUGGACAAGCUGCUGUUCGUCUCGAGGGGGCUCCGGGCGGCUCUGGACGGGGUCGAUGCUGGGAACUCGGCUGCGCGUGAGGCGUCGCUGUCGUUGCCGGUCUUGUUGCUGCAGGUUGAGAGCGUCACCAAGAGGCAUGAGCGCACUCUGGACCGCUUCAACUCGCUGUUGACUUAUGUGGUCGGGCUGGGGUUUACAGGUUGA